AUGCCUGUGAAUCAGAUUACUUCAUGCCUGACACGACUGCGUGCAAAGAAAAAAAGGUUUGCUUCAUCAAAACCCGGCUCUCGGUUGCUAGGGCCUGUCGAGGCUGGGGGUGAAAUGCUAAAGUUCCUCCUGUGCACGACUGCUGGUCUGAGGGCUGGGCGGGAGCCUAACUCUAAAGCGGGAGGAGUGAGGUCAAAUGUCAUGGUUUGGCCGUCUGACCUGGGCCUCCGACCGGUUUUAUGUGACGAAUGUUGA